AUGAAGCUCAUCCUGCUCCUCUUCGUCGUCUGCCGCGUUGUGGCGCUUCCCAGGACCACUCCCGACACGGCGCUUGCCGAAUCCCCUCGUCCGUUCGACCCCUUCGCUCAGCUGGAUGCAGAGAUCGCUUCGGCCGCGAAAAGCGCCUCGGGAUGGGGGGUAGCCGAAAAAUGGACGGCGGGCGUUGUGGCAGGCCUAACAACGCUGGUCAAUGGCGCGUAUGAGGUGGGUUACGCGCUCAACCUCGCGGAUCGCCACCGGCACGCUUCUGAGCUGCAGGCGCUGCGAUCGGCGGUGGGUCGCGCCAACGCAGCCGCGCAACAUCGAAGCGACCGGCCCGGGGGAGGGAAAGCAAAGAGGGCUGACGAGUCGCUUGUCGAGCUCGCUCGGGAGAGGGAAGGGUUUGAAGACGCCCUCAGUCGGUUUCCCAGCGGGCGACUCGCCGAUGACGCCCGAGAGACUUCCUCUAUCGGGGUGAACGACCGGCUGACAGCGUUGGAAGCAGCUGUGCUCCGCCAGAAACAGAACCAGCUCCAACAGGCAGGACACAUUCCAACGUACGUAAAAGUGCUCACAGGCAUGGGCGUCGGCAACGCUCUCAUCGCUGCUGCGGCCGCAGAGAUGAGCCUGCAGGAUACACUCGAGAUGCACAGCAGGACGAAAGAGUUGCCAGACGUGAGGAAUUCGGAUCGGAAGACGUGCGAAAGGUUCAAGGGCGAGGUUGAGGGGUUGGAUUGCGAGAAGGCGAAAGGUACAGCGUUGUCGUGA